CCAUUUCCUGUUUGGGUUGUACUUCCGGCGUAACCUAACGAAAAUGACACCUGGAUUAAAAUAUGGUGUAAAAUGAAAACGGAAAAGAAAAUGGACAAGUCCUUCCGUGUAUCUUUUACAUUUAGAUGUAGUAACUAAGCACCAUGGCUACAACCAAAGUUGAUUACAUCUGGUUCUUCGAGGUGUCGGAUCCCCAGUUACACCCUAAAGGGUUUACUAUUUACAAAGUGACGUGCAAAGUGUUCCCGAUAAGCUGCCCUGAAUGUUUAAAAGAGACAAUCAUCUGGAAACGCUACAAUGACUUCAAGCAGCUGCACAAAGCCAUGUUUAAUCUUCACAGGGCACUUCACAGAAGGGAGGAGUUCCCACCGUUUGCUAAACCCAAACUGUUUGGUCGUUUUGAUGACACUGUAAUCGAAGAAAGAAGACAGAGUGGCCUUGACCUCUUAAACUUCAUCAGCAAACAACCACAUCUGUUCAAGUCUCACAUUUUUGAGAAAUUCUGGCAGGGUGGGAAGACAUCCCAAGGCUCUGGUGGACCACCCGCCCUGCGGCCGACGAAGCUGGACAUCCUCUCCAGUGAUGACACGGACAGCAACCCACCUCCCGACGUCGUCCCCGUGAUGGCACACGACCAUGACUCGAAGUGCCCCAGCGACCCUGCUUCCACCUCAGAAGAAGCUGAAGCGGGCUCGGACCAGUCGGUCACAGUGACAGUCAAUGGCAGGAGAGAGGAGGGUCGAGUGUUGGCCGGCACCUGGAACUUCCCACAGCCCCCGGACACAAUCAGCCUGGACUCCUGUGCCUCAUUUGGCGAGGCGGGGGACACAGACCUCGACUCCCCCCUUGGCACCUCCCUCCCUGACACAGACAUCAGCAUGUUUGACCCCCUGGCUCCGGAGCUGGUGGCGGAGGUGGAGGGGGGCAUGACUCGCAGCAACAGCUGGCUGGUCAAGGCCCUCCAUACAUGUGCCCAGCUGGGGGAGGAGGACAAGGAAGAGGGGGUGGGGACAGAGGGUGGGAAGGAGGAGGAAGAGACAGCAAUUCCAUCCACGGCAGAUGUGGAGGAGUCACAAGAUUUAUGUCAGGGAGAGGAAUAUGUCACUUUUGAAAUUGGAGAAUUUGAUCCUCUGCGGAGUCGAGGUGAGUCAAAGGUGGAAUGUGGAAAGGGAGAUAUCGACCUGUCUCUUCCCUCAUUCAGAACAGGAAGUGUCAGCUCAACAACCAGCUCACAGUAUUCCUCAUCAAUCAGGACAGCAUCGGCGUCAGCAUCAGUGUCAGCAUCAGCACCAACAUCAGCGUCAGCAAGUCCAAUACACAGAUCUGGCUCCGUAGCCUCAAGUCCCACAAAAUCUGGCUCAGUGUCUGCAAGUCCGGCGCACAAGACGACAUCAGAGUCUGUGAGUCCUGCCAGGAAAUCUGAAUCAUUAUCGGCAAGUCCUGCACAUCGGAUCCGAAGUAACACCCCAAGCCCCGCCCGGAAGAGCCGUGCCGGGACGCAUUCCAGCGUGUCAAGCAUGGAUUUAGGAGAUAAGGACGACUACAUCUACCUGGCUGCACAGCAGAUCUGCCUGGCCCAAGAGCAUGAAGCCAACGCCAACUAUGAAAUGUCCUUUGCUUGUUACAAGACUGGAGUUGGAAUGUUGCUGCAGGGCGUGCAGGGGGACAGCAACAAGAGUCGGCGUGACGCGGUGCGGAGGAAGACGGCCCAGUACCUGAUGAAGGCGGAAGAUUUGUACAAUCUCCACAUGGCACAGGACACGGCAGACGAGAGGCGGUGGGCAGCAACUGACAUCACCCUGUCACCCUCACUUGACCUUGACCCAUCGCUGGCCUUCAUCCAAGGGUCGAUGUCUGAGUUGCGGAGCUACAAGGUGCUGGGUACAGUGGACCGUGUUGUGCUGGUGAUGGACCGCUCCUCGGACGAGACCGUAGUCAUUAAGACAAUUCACAAAGCAGCGGUCCCCCCGACAACCCGUUUGCCUUCCAUCCUGCCGACCAGUUGCCCAUAUAUGGUCAGCCUGUACAAGUUCUAUGAGACCCACAAUGCCAUCUAUCUGUUGUUGCAAUACGCCAGCGGCGGCAAACUAUGGACGCACAUCAGCAGCUUCCUCCAGAGUCAGGACACCAUCACAGGGGGAGACAACUCUCCCGUCGGACUCUACCCACACAAUAGCAGCAACGUGUACUCGGGACAGAAGGUGCACAACACUGAGGAUGCUGACACACCCCCACCUACUGCCACGCCCUCUGACACGCCCUCUGACACGCCCAACAACAAGGACAGCAAGGACAGCAAGAAGCCAACCCAGAUUGCAAUAGGUCCCAGUACCAGUGCUGGACGGGUUGUUCAUUUCUCCAACCAGGUGAUGUCCCCCAAUGAAGUUGAUCCAGACCCCCCGGGUCCUGAUGCAUCUGAUCCUGAAGCUCCGGCUAGUGCCUCCGCCUUGAAACCUGACUACCUAAGACUAUCUAGUCUGUCGUCGGACGAGGGUAGGUCAGUCAGCGAUGCUGUAGUAGGUGCAGAUGGUGUUGGUGCCGCAAACUCAAGUAAGAUCAGUCUGGGUGACAGCCAUGACUUCCAGGAGAUGCUGGAUCAGACCAGACCAACUCUGGAGCAGUUCUCUAUCAACAGCUUUGACAGUGACGCCAUGUCCCGCCUUGAUAGCAACAUGUCAGACCACAUAGAGAGCAUUCCAGAAGAGGCAGGGGAGACAACUGCGACGUCUCAGUCUGACCACCAGGGUGAGCCACAUGUUGAUACAAGCAACAGCACAGCGGAUGAUGUGUUUGGGAGUGACGACACGUCGCGGAGUGACAGGCUGGACUCACAGCAGGAUAGCUCUCCCAGCUUAACAGAAGGAGACCUAAGUCUCGAUGCACAGAGAAUUGUUCAGAGUUCAAAGGAACUGAUCAAACUAGUUGACCGUGUGCUGUCCGAGUCAGGGAGUUUGGACGGUUCUGUGAUAGAGUCAGCUGACCACGUAACUGCUAAAGGGGAUAGCACGUCCUCCAACUCCCACGACUCGACCGAACCCAGUAUCUAUGACUGCCAACAUUCCAAUGACAGUGAUGUGAGUGAAUCAGGUGUUGUGGGUGGCAAGGGGUCCUCUGUACCCACUCCUGAUGUAGCAGGUACUGCCAAGACAACCCCAGCCCCUAUCCCGACCCCCACGUCACCACUACCCACAUCCACCCCUAAAAGGAAGGUCAGCUUGAAGCGCAUGGCCUCCAAAGAUCUCACCCAAUCAGCCUCUUUUGAAUGUGAUCUCAAAUCACCAACAAAGAACCGAGCCCGGGCCAUGACAGAUUUAUUUGAUGAGCUGGACUCCAGAAAUCCCGAGAUUUUCAAGCUGCCUGAGUCCUGCAUCAAAACUUGGGCUGCGGAAAUAGUCUGUGCCAUCUCGCGACUCCAUGCCUUGGGUGUCAUCUGCAGAGAUCUGCGACCUGACAACGUUCUCCUGGGUGACCAGGGCCACAUCCUGCUGUCCUACUUCAGUCAGAUGAGUCAGAUCGACAAGCAGGUCGACCCGGAGGCAGUCGACCACCUGUAUGUCGCACCAGAGGUGUGCUCCAUCACAGGCUACUCCGAAGUGUGUGACUGGUGGAGCCUUGGUGCGCUGCUCUAUGAACUCCUCACUGGGAAGACUUUGAGCAGCUACCACCCAGGGGGAAUCAACUCACACACACAACUACACAUCCCCAGCCACGUGUCUCCAGAGGGACAGGCCCUUCUCAAGGAGCUACUGUGUUUCGACCCCCGGGAGCGGCUGGGCUCAGGGCUGGAUGGGGCGGAGGCGCUGAAGGCACACCCUUUCUUCUCCUGCAUCAACUGGAACACCAUAGAAAAUGGCUGAACCUCACCCACAGGAAUAUAUGCUGAUUUAAUGAAUUACAAAUCGAGAUGUUAUUCGUGUUGAUUCACAUGUAAAUUUCACUCUGAAUGUUUAUCGGCACUGGAUCUGAUUGUGAAAGUGAAUGAAUCGUUGAUGGCUGUCUUCUAUCUAUGGUACAACUGUGAUAGUGAAUGAAUCGUUGAGGGCUGUGAUGUUCUUGAUGUGAUGUCCCGGCGUUGGUCAGGCCAUGGAACCAUGCUGAGGACAGCAGGGGGAGGACAUCUUGCGAUACAAGCAACACGUCUCAACACCAGGUACUUCGGAAAAGGACACCCUCUGUGAUGAUGCGGAGGAUGAGCUGCUGAGGGGUUUACACCCGAUGUGGGUGUAUGGACCCGUGAAGAUCCGGUUAGGGGAUAGGUCUUCAGCUACCCACGCUUGCCGUAAAAGGCGACUAUGCUUGUCGUAAGAGGUGACUAACUGGAUCGGGUGGUCAGGCUUGCUGACUUGGUUG